AUGACCAGGAAGAAACGAAAGCGGGCUGACGGCCUGACGUGUCAAGAGCGGAUCACAAGUGAGGUUCACAUCAAAGCCCUUCUGGGGCGAACCUGCAAGGGUUGCAAGCGUGCUUGUUUGAACACGUUUCUAUCGGGUCAAGCUUUCAGGGAUUUGCUGGAGUUCCGACAACGCUGGGUAGACAUACAUAAAGUUGACCAAGACAGAAUUGUCUUUGACAAGAUGAAGGCCUUAAAAGCUGCUAGCACUGAGUCCACUGUUGCAUGGACCUUCAAUGGGAAUGGACGCUUCCAACGGUUGUGGGGGGCAGCUUCGCGUGGCGCUGAUGGACCACCAGCGGACCUCCGUUUCGUGACGAAGCCGAAGAGCCAAACAAUUGGAAAUUGCUCCACCGCUCGGGUGGUGUCUUUUCUUCAAACACUCUACGACAGCGUGGCAGAGACUUUACCAGAUGUUCGUGAUGACGGCAUAGAGUUGAGCAUUUUUGGUGGUGGUGAGUCUGUUGAUCCAUAUGCCACAGUUGACCUUCCUCCAGCUUUGAUGGAGCCUGUCAAAAGACAGAAAGUCAGGAGAUACAAGCAAGGGUUGAAAGUGCAUGUUGAGCGAGAGCCCGAGACUUCUGGUGUCGAGGAGCGGUAUCUGCCACCUGGCACGAUGAAGGAGUACUAUGAACAGUUCAAGUGUUUGGACGAUUCAGUGAGUUUCUCCACCUUUUGGCGGGUGUGGAGAACGGAGUUCAAUUAUUUGAAGUUCAGAGGUGUGACGAGUCAUGCCCAAUGUUCUUGUUGCAUACAUCACCGCCUCCUACUGAAGGAGCUGGCCCCCUACAUCCAUGCGCAUGCAAAGCAAGCGUCGCUGUUCCACUUGCAUCUAGCUGCGCAAUACCGCGACCGAAUGAUAUACUGGAGUUUUCGGGGCUCAUCCAGACUACGUGUCAUGGGGCACCUGACAAUCAUCCAAGACGGUAUGGAUCAAGCAAAAUUUGCGCUUCCUAGGACACGUUUGGUUUUAGCCAAAGAUUUGGCGACCCUUCAGCGCCCAAAACUGGGAGUGAUUGGCGUGAUAGCACACGGGUGGUCAUUUUUGAUGGCCAUCAGCAACCCAGACCAGCCUAAGGAUAGCUCGUGCAUGGCGGAUCUGUUCUGUCACAUGUUGACGCGGUUGGAGAGAUUGGGAAUCAUAUUUGGAGCAUCUAUGAAGCAUUUGAGGAGUGGCCACAGCCACGAAGACAUUGAUCAAACCUUCGGAGGUUGCAGUCUGUUCAUCAUCCGCCAUGGGAAGCUUCUAGAAACACCAGAUGAUUUCUGCAAAGUCAUUCAGAGCUAUGUGAACACUGCCCCGCGACCAUUUGAGGAACAGCGGGCAGUUGUCAAAUUAGACCAACACCGGCCUUGGAAGGAAUUCCUUUCCUUGGCUGUGCCUGUCACGACUCAGGGCAUGGGAGGUCCUGGUGCUCCUCAUCAAUUUGAUGUUUCAAGAAGGGAAGACUUGGGUAGCUCUGCUCCGCUCAUGCUCAUGUCAUUCACGUUUCACUCAGUGCAUGUGGUUUCGGACCUUUGUUGA